AUGGUCUUGAUGCCUGUGAAUGUCGCCCGCGCAGAUCUGGUUCAGGGAAAACAACCAAAUGGAUAUACUUCUAAUCCAUAUCUACCAAAAGGAAAAUAUAUGAUGCAGAUGGAUUGGGACUGUGCUCUAGAAGAAAAGGCUAUUGCUGUGCUUACCAGCCGUAAAGGGGAGAAGACUAUUCAAUGUCUUGGAAAAGCGGAGCUACCACCGGCAAGCCGUAAUAAUACUGUUCUUUUUGUCAAUGUUGGUCCCGGGACAUUUGCCAUCUUUUGGGCAGGGAGAGAAGUUGAAGGUUGUACUAUAAAUUUCACACUUUUAUACGCUGGAAGUGCAGCAGCCGUAGAAGCAGCUUUUCAGAUAUUAUUUAUUUACCCGUUUCUUUUCUAA